AUGCCACACGUUGAGGUCCUCCCCAACUCGGCUGCGACCGUUGCGCCAGGAUGGACAUAUGUUGUCGACACUGGUUACGACCCUUCCAAAGUUGCCAUCAACCCCAAGAACAAGAAGCGCGCCGCGGCAGCAGCACCGGGCGGCCAACGCGGCGAAAACGAACUCUCAGCGCGUCAGCAAACCGCCAUCGCGCGACGCAUAGCAGAACUAGAACGCGACAAUGAUCCCAAGCAGCUCAUCACCAUACCAGGGAAGCUGAGUGUGCCCAAGACGCAGAAUGCGAGAAGGAUUAUACAGUAUCAGCGGCAGAUCAAGCAUUGGCUUGAUGAUGAAGAGGCGCAACUUGGACAGGUGGCAGCGGCAUCAAGAGGAAGUGUAUCACAGGCAGGAGGGAGGGGAGCAGCACAGGCAUUACGAAAGCAGAGCACUAUUGCUUCUAUGCCAGCGACGCCUAUAGAAGCAACGCCAGGGCCCACAGCCGUUGCUCAAACACCAUCCCGACUCGACACCGCGAAUGCAGAUGAUGCACUACUCUCUAUCGAUCGGUCUAUGCCCGCACCACUCAAUCCUGCUGAGCUCGAGGCUCUGCUCGCUGCACCGCCGCUUUCGUACGCUGCUAGCCAUGCUGCACCUCCUCCAGCAGGGGGCCCUCCACAACGACAAUUCUGCGAUAACUGCGGAUACUGGGGACAGAUCAAGUGUAGGAAGUGUGGAGCAAGAGUUUGCGGACUAGAGUGUAAAGAUGCACAUGAGGCUACACGGUGCUUGAAGUGGGCAUGA